AUGACCUCUCAAAUGCAUCACUUCUACAUUUACUUCUCUAGUGUCAGAAGGUGUCAAGAGGAACAGGACGUGAACACUGUUUUGUGGUGUCUGAACAUUAUGGGAUUGGAACAUGUUCUCUUCCCAGUCAUCACAAUCUCUCUAUUUGGUAUCAGUGCUGGGGAUUCGGUGAGGCAGAGCCCGAGAGCAGUGUGGCGUUUGGAAACAGUCUCAGUUAACAUCAGCUGUGAUGCCUCAACAACUGCCGACAGCAUUUCGAUGCUGCUGUUUCGCCAUCGACGUGGUGAACGGCCCGCUUUUCUCAUCCAAAGGCAUUCCUACGGGAAGGAUAUAAGCCUGACCCACGGGGAUUCUGUCAGGGAGAAGGUGGCUUCAGUGACUGAAAAAGAAGGAGGAAGUGUGACCAUGGAAUGUCAUUAUUCUACAUCUCUGAUCGACCACUAUUUACAAUGGUACCGAGAACAGAAAGAAACACCGCCACGGUAUGUCAUUGAAAAGCAUUCUGGUGGUGCGACCUAUAAAGCAGACUUUGCUGAAAAGCGGUUCGCUGUUGAGCUCCAGACCUUGACAAAAUCCAGCAGUUUGACUAUCACUCAAUUGGAGCUGUCUGACAGCGCUGUGUAUUACUGUGCUCUGAAACCACACAGUGCUGAGAACCAGUCUGAGACUCGUACACAAACUGGCCGUGUUUAG